CUCGCAGUCUCUCGCCCAGACAGCCCAGGCACAGGUGGUCUCUCCACUCUGCAAAGCUUCAUCUGACUCUGCAUCUCAUCCUCAACAAGUAUGGAGGUUCUAAUGUCCAUCUGUGCAGACUGCUUGCUGGCCAUCCUGAUCCUGACUUUUAACACGCUGAGUGGAGUCAACUUAAUGCCUGUGAGUGUGGAUCCAGUUUGUACCGCGACCAGCACUGCCAAGUACAGCUUGAAGUUUACAGGCAAAUGGAGCCAGACUUCUUUCCCUAAGCAUUACCCCCUUUACAGGCCCCCUGCUCAGUUUUCCCCAGUCUUUGGGGUAACUCACAGUUCAGACUAUCACAUCUGGCAGAGUGAUGACUAUGCCAGCAAUGGGGUGAGGGAGUUUACAGAGAAGGGAGAAGCUUGGACGCUAAUAAAUGAGGUGGAGGCGGCAGGAGAAAAGAUCCAAAGUGUCUAUGGCUUAUUUUCGGCACCUGCUGUGCUUGACGGGACAGGCCAGACAAUCUCUGAGUUUGAGGUCUUUGCAAGGCACUCUUUCUUGUCCUUCAUUGUGAGGAUUGUGCCAAGUCCAGACUGGUUUGUAGGUAUGGACAGCUUGAACUUAUGUGAUGGAGAACAUUGGAAAGAAAGCAUAAGUAUGGACCUGUACCCUUAUGACGCGGGUACAGACAGUGGUUUUACCUUCUCCUCUCCAAACUUUGAAACCAUUCCACAAGAUAAAGUUACACAGAUCACUUCAUCUUCUCCCAGUCACCCGGCCAACUCCUUCUUUUACCCUCGAUUAAAGCAUCUACCACCUCUAGCUAAGGUCAUCCUUACAAAGAUCAAGAACACUCAGGUCUUCAGCCUGCCAAUUGAGCCAACCCAAUCAAACCAAAUCCCAACUGGCAAUGAAAUAGAGGGCUCCCUGAUAAAUACUCCACUAGACUGUGAAGUGUCUGCGUGGUCACCCUGGGGUUUGUGCAAGGGUAAGUGUGGCGAAUCUGGGGCAAGGCACCGAACGCGCUACAUUCAUUUACACCCUGCAAAUAACGGGGCACCAUGCCCCCCUCUGGAGGAAGAGAGGAAAUGCACCCCAGACAACUGUGUUCCUGUGGUUUCAACACAACUGCCUCUUUCUACUCCAAAAGGAAACUAAGAGAACAAAGUAGACUUUCUAGUUUAUCCAGAUGUCUCUACAAAAGAUUGAUGCAUUCAGGCUCAGUGCUGGAAGUGACCUCUUUUAAAUAGACCAUUCUAACAAACACACUCCCACUCUUUCCCAGAACUCAAUAAGCACAUUACAGCUUUGUUAUGAGCCUUUUGGUUACAAAUACACAUUGACAUUUGAAAUGUUUUGGUUAUAAUCAAUUAUAGAAUAACACUGAGAUAAAGGAAAUUCCCACAAUCUUCAUUGUAUCUAAAGAACACAGACACACAGACCUGUUCUACUUUAUAUAAAAGUACUAACUGUCCAUCAGUUGAUCAGACAACAUUACUUGCAAAAUAGGUAAAACACAUUGUCAAGUGAAGGUUAAGUCUGAUGGAAAAAAGAGGGGCUAAAAAUGUGCUGUAUUUAUUUUGUAUUUUUGUACAUUGUACUUGAUAAAGUAUUGUACCACUUGUAAAUAAAUGUUGAAUAAAAUUA